CUACGUACCAGCUACAGAGGUACCGGUAAAGGAAGAGACACAUAGGCAUGAAGCUUGCGGUUAUUAUCUGUUUUUAUUAAAAUACAAAUUUUGAAAAUUAUUCCAUUUUUUAAAAAGUGGAGAGAUCAUUUUAUUCAUUGUGUGAUAAUGUCCGACCUGGAUUCAAGCGAUGAUGAUGAAGAAAUUCAAACACGAAGCUUUAACAAUCUACUAUCUGAGAAACAAGAUGACGAAGGAGUCCAAACUGCAACAUCUAUGGAACAGGAAAAUGUGGAAGAAAAUGUUCUUCGACUCUAUACAAUGGGAAAAAGACCUAUCCUAGAACGAUAUACACACAUUAAAUUUUUGAAGAAAUCACUCACACAUCUUAGCGAGGGUUACGAGUGUUUAGAUUGCAGCAGACCUUGGCUCUGCUACUGGAUUCUUCAUGCUCUACAUGUCUUAGGUGAACGUUUAGAAAUAGAUGAUUAUUCCAAGAUUGCCACCUUUCUUGGGAAAUGUCAAUGGCCUGAUGGUGGUUUUGGUGGUGGUCCAGGUCAGUAUCCACACCUGGCACCAACUUAUGCAGCUGUAAAUGCUCUAUGCAUUAUUGGAACUACUGAAGCAUAUGAAGUAAUAGAUCGAAAAGGAUUACGAAAGUUUCUGAAAUCUCUACGAGGACAUGAUGGGGCCUUUAGUAUGCAUUGCGACGGAGAGGUUGAUAUUCGAGGUGCAUACUGUGCUAUAGCAGUGGCUAAAUUAACCAAUGUAUACAGCCCAGACAUGUUCAAUGGAACAGCAGACUGGAUUGUCCAAUGCCAAACGUGGGAAGGCGGUUUUGGAGGGUAUCCUGGUAUGGAAGCUCAUGGUGGUUAUGCAUAUUGUGGUCUUGCAGCCCUUGUGAUGUUGGGAAAAUCUAAUUCUUGUCAUCUACCAUCUCUAAUGAGAUGGAUUGUAAAUAAACAAAUGCGCCUAGAGGGUGGCUUUCAAGGUAGAACCAACAAAUUGGUUGAUGGCUGCUACUCCUUUUGGCAGGGAGGAGCCUUUCCACUGCUGCAAGCAAUUCUUUCUGAUCAGGGAAAAAAAUUUGAUAAAAAUUACUGGCUCUUUGAUCAGGAAGCCUUGCAGGAGUAUCUUUUAGUAUGCUGCCAGCAUCCAUAUGGUGGAUUAUUAGAUAAACCUGAAAAGAAUCGAGAUAUAUAUCACACUUGUUACGCCUUGAGUGGAUUGGCAGUGUCACAAAAUUCUCCUACACCUGUAAUUGUUGGACCACAGCAGCGCAAUAUUGUCAGAAUGAUCCAUCCAGUAUACAAUCUAGCGUAUUCCUCGGCACGCGAAGCCCUAAAUUACUUUAACUCUUUACCAAUACCAGAUUGACAUAUAUAAAAAAAAGACUGGUAAAGUCAACAAAUUCGUAACCGAACAGCUUGAUGAGCUUUCAUUACCUGAAGGCUAAAUCACCUUAUUGAAUUUCAACCACUUAAAUAUUGGGAACAUUCAAGAACAAAAAAAAAGGCUCCUCUUCCCUCGCAUACAAGAAUCAUGUACAAUUUUAUUAUAGUUCAAAAAGGAUCUCCAGAGUAUAUUGACUGCUGAUAAUAAUAAAUCAAUAUCGUUAACCGA